AUGCAACUCGCACUACUGCUGCCGGCGCUGGCUCUGCUGGCUCAGCCCUUCGCCCAAGCUUCCAGCAGCCUUGCAUACUGCGCAACUGACAAUACUGGCUCUUCCUUUUCGGUUGUUUCCGACACCUAUCAGUCCAAUGGAGCUUGUGAAGAGACUUGCGCCGACUAUGCCCUCGGUGUCUUACAGGGAAAGAACUGUUGGUGCUCCAACGUGGCACCUUCCGAGUCCUCUCGCAAGAGCACUUCGGAGUGCUCAACUGGCUGCCCGGGAUACCCAGCUGAUAGCUGCGGUAGUUCCUCUAAGGGUGUUUAUGCUUAUGUGAAGAUCUCUGGUAACUCGGUCACCAGCACUGAGAGUGGUAGUAGCUCGAGUACCACUUCUUCCUCGACCUCGUCCACCACGUCCGAAUCAACUGCCACUACCGGGAACGUUGUCAAGGAGACCACCUCGGCUGGUGAGGUGAAGACCAUCACCGUGUCCGCCGCUAGCCAGACGGGUGCACAAGAUUCGUCCUCGGCCAACACUGCAGCAUCCGGAAGCAAGAAGCUGAGUGGCGGCUCCAUUGCCGGUAUCGUCAUCGGUGUGUUCGGUGGUCUUGCCCUUGUGGGCGCCCUGAUCUUUAUGGUCUUCUUCUACCGCAAGCGUGCCCGUUCGGCGAGCCCGAUCCCCAGCACGGCCGAUAUGACGGAGUACCGAAAUAGCCAAGCCUCCAGCUUCUCUCGUGGUGUCUUCGCACAAGGCCACUCCCAUGACUUGUCCGGAUCUUCGAGCUUGGGACGCAAACACACUUUCACCGACACUCGCUUGAAGACCGAUAUCUAUCCCAACGGUCCUCGGGAUAGCAGUGUGUCCCUCCAGGAUAACGAGGACUACUCGCGCCCCGUGCUUCGGCUCACCAACCCUGACUAA